AUGUACGUGCCGCUGCGGAAGGAGGCCACGCUCGCGCAGCUGCUCCAGUGCCAGGACAUCCAGAAGUACUUCAAGGAGCAUGUCCACUUGCAGGAACAUCACCGCCGGCAAGCAGACUCCCAGCUCGCCAUCGUCCAGUCGGCUGACGCCAGCGCGCUCAACAACAACAACAUGACAAACAAGGUCUCGUACAUUCUCAACACAUUCUCGCUCUCGCACGACACCGCCUUCCACCAAGAAAUGCGUUUUCCCAUCGUCUUCAAGCAGGACUCUGCGGCCAAAGCCUGGAUCUUGCUCGGCACUACGACAAAGAUUCUCUCGCCCCGGCACCAACUCUGUCUGCUGCACGCCUUACGGGUCGCUGAAGAACGCGCCGAACGCGAUGAACUGGAACGUCGCUCUGCCCAGUCGCUGUACGAUCUCGGCCGCUAUCGAACGGCCGAGCUCGAACAACUCGUCCAGUACAACCGCGCCCUGUAUCAUACCGUGACCAGCGCCUUUCGCCCGGACGCACGGCUGCACGCGUACCUGGCCGAAUCGUCUCGCUGUGCGCAUCUGCACGUGUGCCCUCCGACACCACGCCCGCUCCACCGCCAGACCAUCCAAGCCGAGCGCGACGCGACAGGACAUCGGCACACGUCUCAGCGUGGCAUUGAAGACGCGCUGCAUGCGUGUUACACGUCGCUGCACGCCAACGAGGCGAAAUCGUCGAGCUGGAUCGAACAAUUGCCCCUCACGAUCGACAACCAGUACACGCGUUUGUAA